AUGUGGCUCGUGGUUUCCCUCCUCGGCCUGACCGCCGCCUUGUUCUCCUUGCUGGAUGUCUGGUAUUUCUUCCGCGCUUUCUUCUCAGUCCUGAGAGCUCGCCUGCAGCCGUGGUGAAGGAUCUGCUGAAGGAACACGCGUUCUCGGUCUGGUUCUGCCCCAUGACCUGGACUUCCUCCGCUUCACAUGAACAAUUCCCGCUACCUCCGGGAGGCCGACUUCGCCAGAUUGUCCUACUUCACCCGCAGCGGCCUGUUCGGAGCCAUACACGGGCUGGGGGCCGGCAUGGUGAUGGCCGCCUGCACCGUCCGCUAUCGGCGCUCGCUGCGCCUCUUUGAGAUGUUUGAGAUCCGCACCCGUCUGCUCUGCUGGGAUGACAAGGCCUUCUAUGUGGAACAACGCUUCGUGGCACCAAACGAUGGCUUUGUCUGCGCCGUUCUGCUGAGUCGGCAGCACAUCAUAGGAAACACUCCAGACAAAGUGGUGCAAAGCAUGUGCAAAAGAAAGGUGGAGUCUCCAGAAUUCCCGGACGAGGUCCUCCACUGGAUCGACUACAACGACAACAGCAGCCAGAAGCUGAGGGCAGAGAGCGGGAUGGUUCACAGUAAAGACCAGUAG